UGUUGUCUUUGGGCCGUCGUCGUCGGUUCAGUUGCUUGGCUGUGGCUUUUGUGUGCGCUUGCCGUUGUUACUCAUAGCUGCCUGCCAGUUUGGAGCUACACCUGAUCGCCGAUUGUCGAUUGCCGAUCGCCGAUUUCUGAUCGCAUGUGCACCCACUAACAACUUUACCUUAACUUAAUUCUAACGUUCGUGCUUUGGCUUUGGCUUUCGCAUUAGCUUUGCCUUUGCCUCGUGAUUCGCGCGUCUCUCGGCAAAUAAAAAUACAAAUACAAGUAGUGUGUGUGAAGUGUUUGCAAUUGAUAAUAAUAAAAAAAAUAAGUUACGAAUUAUUAACAAAUAUGCCGCAGAGCCCAACAACAAAUUGGUCAUUCCAGCCGCUACAUCGACAACGUAGCGGACAAUUUCAGCACCAUGUGCUCAACUCGGUACCGGAGACGGCCGUGUUGACAACACCCCCGCCUCUUCGAAAACCGCUUUCAUUACACAUUGCUGGCGUUGCUGCUGCUAGCGCUGCUGCAGCUAUUAGUGACAAAAACAAACGGAGAUACAUAACAGCGCGCAAGAAGGCCAAAUCCACAAUGAAAAUGCUUGUCGUUGACACGGAGCGAGAGGAGGCUCUAAAUUUGCAAAUUGAAUUCGAGUGGGUGCUGAGACAAGAAGUACAUGCGAUAUUAAAGCAAUUACGAACCAUACUGGUUGAGUGCGCCCAUAGGUUCCCCGUGCCGCUUUAUGAUAACGAGGGCAAGAAGACUGAAAAGUUCAUACUCAGCGUUUCGCCAGAUCAAUUGAAGGCGGUACUUACCCUAACGGGUGACGCCAUUACACAGGCGGAUAUUAGCUUUAAGCUGUGUAAGGCGCCCAGUCAAACGCAACGUACCUCAAUAACACACGAUUCGCCUUGGAAACUGCAGCAAGUUCAGGAUGCCGCCAAUCAUCUACAAACAGCAAUCAAUCAUAUUGACGACGUUGAUGACUCUUAUCAUUUCAAAACCUCCGAUGAAGUGCUCCAUGUGAUAGGAAACAUUCUGGAUGCCCUGCAGCGAGGUCGCAAUAGCCUGCUAGUGCCCAAGAAGAAGCCAAUUGAGGAGCUAAUCAAAGGACGCAAUAUGAAAUCACUUGUGCCUAAUCUGCCCGAGGAUUUGGCCGUUAGUUUUUAUCUGCAAAGCCACAAGCUCAUCAUUGCCGUCUAUCAGCUGCUUAACAAUCAGGGAACAAUGCAGUUUGACUCGCGCCAAGCGGAAAUCGGUGUUCAAUGGCUCAGCGAUGUGCUCCUGCUUCUGAUGAAUGGGCAGAAACUGUGUCAGCAGCUGAAAGACAAGAUUUCGGUAUUUUCGGUGUAUAAAGAUUUUACAGUUGGUUCGCGCUCGCCUUCAGCAUUAUCGUACUGAAUGGAGGGAUAUAUAUUUAUAUAUGUGUCUGUUUACAUAUGGCAACACAAAACAAUAACAACAAUAAUAGCUGAUAAUGAAAUUGUACUUGUAAUAGUUAAAGUAAAUAAUGUUAGUUGAGAGAGUUGCUCUUUGUGACAGCAUACCAUAAUACCUACUAUAUAUUAUACUAUAUAUAUACAUAUAUAUAUAUACAAAGCUAUAUACACCUAACUAGUUUAAUAUACACAAACAAUCAACAUUCAUAUAUUGUUCAUAGCGCGACAAUUUAUAUAUAUAGAAUUUGUUUUCAUUUCUUCAUGUCACUCCAAUUAUGCAUCUAAAUGCAAUAGAAUAAAAGGAAAUUUACUGUGUUUUUUGUAUAUGUAACUAAAUGAAAUUGCUAGAUAAUUAUUAAUUAAUUAUUAUUUAUAGUUUGUACGAUUUGUAUGUGCGUACACAAAUUAAUAUUAAAAUUAUCUAUUUAUGUUUAUUAAUGCACAUGAAGAAGAAACCCAUAAAGUCAACUAUUGUAGUACUUAACAGAUUGAUAUACAUACAAACAUACAUACAUAUAUUAUUAACCUUAUGUGUAAACUGAGCAUAAACAAUAACAUUUACAGAAUAAUGUUGUAAUAAACCAAACCGAAAUGUGAACAGAAUUUUUAAUUGUACUAAACACCAUUUUGUAUUCCAUGUAUGUAUGUGUUGUUAAUGUUUAAGCGCGCCUAAUCUAAUCCAAAGUCAUUUGUAUCAACGGCCUUUUACUUCUCGUUUACUUUAUAUUUAUAUAUAUGAGGAAGGAUGCAACGAAAACAAUUACCAAUGUACUUAUUGAAUAUUGUAAUAUUUCUGUGUAAUUAACACGAUUGAUAUGAGAAAAAACAACUAUUUAUGUAAUCUCUAAGCCUAUUUAAUGUCCAUAUUCAUUUAAUUGUUGUUGAAUAAAAAUUGAAUUUUACCAA